GAAGGUGAGGAGGCUUGCGCCUACGAGGUGGGCGGGUCUUUAGACCAAUACAGUCGAGGCAUCCCUCUAAUCCACAGUGUAGACGGUACUGGGCAGGACCGCUUCGACAGUGGACAUCUCUUCAGCCACGUGGUGUUACCAGGGCAACCACAGUCACGACGACCCAAGCUGCAGCACAACCAGUCCAUCCUCAGGAAGCAGGCCGAGGAGGAGGCAAUCAAAUGCUCCCGAUCCCUGUCUGAGAGCUAUGAGCUGUCAGCCGACCUACAGGACAAAAAGGUGGAGAUGCUGGAGCGUAAGUAUGGAGGCCGUUUCAUAACGCGUCAUGCGGCCCGCACCAUCCAGACAGCCUUCCGCCAGUAUCAGAUGAACAAGAACUUUAAACGUCUCCGCAGUUCCAUGUCCGAGAACCGCAUGUCCCGACGUAUCGUCCUGUCCAGCAUGAGGAUGCAGUUCUCCUUGGAAGGCCCUGAGAAUGUUCAUCAGUCGUCCUUCCUCACCGACAACGGAACCAAACACCUGGGGGCCCUGGUCCAAUCAGAAUGCAGCUCUGACCUGGGGGGUGUGGUCCCAGGUACUAUGAAGUCACCUGUGGUGGCCCAGAACGAUGACUUCACUGACGCUAUAACGGAGCUGGAGGACGCGUUCUCCCGUCAGGUCAAGUCUCUGGCCGAGUCGAUAGACGAUGCUCUGAAUAGUAGGAGUCUGCACAGGGAGGAGGGGGGGCCAGGAGAGACGAGGCAAGGGGGUAGAGGACACCCUGACCUGGACAAAGACCGAGACAGAGAGCUGUUCUCCUACCAGGUCAAACCCUCCUCACACAGCAGUGCGGAACACCACAAACUGGAUGAGAUGUCAGCAUCAUACAGCGAUGUGACUCUCUACAUCGAUGAGGAAGAGCUGUCCCCUCCUCUCCCUCUGUCUCAGUCCCUGGACCAUUCCUACUCUCCUCUCCCUCUGUCCCAGUCCCUGGACCAUACCUACUCUCCUCUCCCUCUGUCUCAGUCCCUAGAGCGCCCCUACACCCCCCUACCAUCGGUAGACCGGCCCUCCUCCAAAGAGUCGGAGCUGCGUUUGCGUUCUCUCUCCUGGUCUCUGGUCCAUAAGGAUGAUAAAGGUCAGGGGUCAGACACCUCCUGCCGCAGCACACCCUCCCUGAAGCAGCAGGAGCAGAGGCUUAGGGUCGACCGUCUCCCGCUACUGACCAUCGAGCCGCCCAGCGACAGCUCUGUGGAGCUCAGUGACCGUUCCGACCGCUCCAUUCUGAAGAGACAGAAAGCCUACGAUCGCCAGCCCAUUAGUCAGCAAGCCAGCCCCAAACAUCCCCCUCCUCACCCCUCCUUGUCUCACCCCCGUGGCCUGCCCCCCAAGGGAACCUCCUGGGAUGAGGAUGCUCCCCGCUACCGGCCACGUGCAUUAGAGGCCCACCUGGCGAUCAACGGGAUGGCUAACCGGCAGAGCAAGUCAGAGUCGGACUUCUCAGAUGGGGACAAUGACAGUAUCAACUCUACAUCUAACAGUAAUGACACUAUUAACUGCAGCUCUGAAUCCUCCAGUAGAGAACAGACCCUCAGAAAACAGACCUAUCACAAAGAGACACGCAGCAGCUGGGACUCACCGGCCUUCAGUAAUGAUAUCAUCAGGAAGAGACACUAUCGUAUCGGACUAAACCUGUUUAACAAGAAGCCAGAGAAGGGUUGUCAGUACCUGACGGAUCGAGGGUUUGUCCCAGACACUCCAGAGGGAGUGGCUCACUUCCUGCUCCAGAGGAAGGGCCUGAGCAGGCAGAUGAUUGGAGAGUUCUUGGGGAACAGGCAGAAACAAUUCAAUAGAGACGUCCUGGAUUGUGUGGUGGAUGAGAUGGAUUUCUCGGCCUUGGAACUAGAUGAGGCUCUCAGGAAGUUCCAAGCUCACAUCAGAGUCCAGGGUGAGGCCCAAAAGGUGGAAAGACUCAUAGAAGCAUACAGUCAGAGGUACUGUAUCUGUAACCCCGGGGUGGUACGACAGUUCCGUAACCCCGACACCAUCUUCAUCCUGGCGUUCGCCAUCAUCCUCCUCAACACUGACAUGUACUCUCCCAACGUCAAGCCAGAGAGGAAGAUGAAGCUGGAGGACUUCGUCAAGAACCUCAGAGGUGUGGAUGAUGGAGGGGACAUCCCACGGGAGAUGCUGACAGGUAUAUAUGAGAGGAUCAGGAAGAGGGAACUGAAGACCAACGAAGAUCACGUCUCUCAGGUCCAGAAGGUCGAGAAACUCAUUGUUGGGAAGAAACCGAUUGGUUCUCUGCACCAUGGUCUAGGCUGUGUUCUGUCCCUGCCACACCGCAGGUUGGUGUGUUACUGCAGGUUGUUUGAGGUUCCAGACACCAACAAGCCUCAGAAACUGGGUCUGCACCAGAGAGAGAUCUUCCUCUUCAAUGACCUGGUGGUGGUGACAAAGAUCUUCCAGAAGAAGAAGAACUGUGUGACAUACAGCUUCAGACAGUCCUUCUCCCUUCAUGGGAUGCAGGUGCUGCUGUUUGAGAACCAGUACUAUCCUAACGGUGUGCGGUUAACUUCGGCGGUUCCCCGAGCAGAUGUCAAGCCUUUAAUCAACUUCAACGCUCCCAACCCUCAGGACAGGAAGAAGUUCACUGACGACCUGAGAGAAUCCAUUGCCGAGGUCCAGGAGAUGGAGAAAUACCGCAUAGAGUCGGAGCUAGAGAAGCAGAAGGGUGUGGUCCUUCCCAGUCUAUCACAGAGCUCGGGGCUGAAGAAGGACUCUGGGAACGGCCAACUGGGUCGAGGGAGCCUUGAUGACAACUACGCCAUGGGGGAGGGGCUAAAGAGGAGUGCCCUCAGCAGCUCGCUACGAGACCUCUCAGAUGCAGGUAAGCGUGAGCGCCGCAGCAGUGCAGGAUCACUAGACAGCAAUACUGAAGGCUCCAUCAUUAGCCACCCCAGUCCCCACAUGAGACGCAGAGCCACGUCUUCCCGAGACAGAGAUGGUCCUUCCAGAGGACAUUCCGUCCCCACCACCACCUCUUCCCUCCUGGGCUCUUUGUUCGGGACCAAGAGGGCCAAGUCCCCCUCCCUGUCCCCCCAGCACCCCACCAACCUGCACCAGACGGCCCAGAGCCAGGCAGAUACACAGAACCAGUUGCUUCAAGGAGCCCAGUACUGCCAGAACCCUCCACCCUACCACCACCACCACCACUACCACCCCCCUGCCCCUGGGUCUGCCCCCUCCUCCUCUCAUCCACCUCCCCCUCCUCACCACCACCCACUGACUCCCACCCCCACUGCCUCCUCCACCAAGCCCAAACACAGCGGCAUCAGCACCGUGGUUUGAGGACAGAAACUCACACAGACACACAGACAGACACACACAGACAGACACACACAGACAGACACACACAGACAGACACACACACAGACAGAGACACACACAGACAGACA